CAUCCGGGUCUUCAAUCCAGGUCCUCUCGUCGAGAGGCUAAGGUUCAGCGUGCGGGUGGGUAAACUGCUCGGCGUAGCCCCCCAGCCCAUCAUCACAAUCGAAAAUACUUAUGUAAAUAUAUUGCAGAAUAUUGUAAUAAUGCAUCCCCGGCUGACUGCCAACGGGGAGGUCCGCUCUUUCACAAACUGAACGCGGGGAAAGGGUCUUUCUCCCAGCACAAGCCAGUCAACAAACCAAGUCCAUCCGACAGUGAGCCUCUGCUUUAACGGCGUUUCUUGCCGUUUUUGAAAUUCUUUCGCAGCGACUAACGUCGCAUGGUACCCUUUGGACCUACUUUGAUUUGAUAGGACCAUAGUAAUAAAAGCACACAGUCAUACACAAUGGGUGCAUUUUUGGACAAGCCAAAGAUGGAGAAACAGAAUGCCCACGGCGAAGGGAACGACCUGCGCUACGGGCUGAGCAGCAUGCAGGGCUGGCGGGUAGAGAUGGAGGAUGCGCACACAGCCGUCAUUGGCCUGCCACGCGGCCUCAGGCCCUGGUCCUUCUUCGCUGUGUACGACGGGCACGCCGGCUCCCAGGUGGCCCGCUACUCCUGCGAGCACCUCCUGGAGCACAUAACCAGCAACCCCGACUUCCAGGGCAGCGCAGAACCCCAGGUGCAGCCCGACGGUGCCGGAGACGAGGCCAAGGAGAUGGAGAAUCCCAGCGUCGACCAGGUGAAGCUGGGCAUCCGCACGGGCUUCCUGCAGAUCGAUGAGCACAUGCGGCAGAUCUCGGAAAACCGGAAAGGUAGCGGCUCCACGGACCGCAGCGGCUCCACGGCCGUGUGCGUGAUGUUGUCACCACAGCACAUCUUCUUCAUAAACUGCGGCGACUCGCGCGGCCUUCUGAGCCGCGGCGGCACCGUGCACUUCUUCACGCACGACCACAAGCCCAGCAACCCACUGGAGAAAGAGCGCAUCCAGAACGCCGGCGGCUCGGUCAUGAUCCAGCGCGUCAAUGGCUCCUUGGCUGUCUCGCGCGCCCUCGGCGACUUCGACUACAAAUGCGUGCAUGGCAAGGGCCCCACCGAGCAGCUGGUGUCGCCGGAGCCCGAUGUGUGUGCCAUCGAGCGCUCCGAGGCCGAGGAUGAGUUCAUCGUGCUGGCGUGUGACGGCAUCUGGGAUGUCAUGGCCAACGAGGAGCUAUGUGACUUUGUGCGCUCACGGCUGGAGGUCACUGACGAUCUAGAGAGGAUCUGCAAUGAAGUUGUCGACACCUGUCUGUACAAGGGGAGCAGGGACAAUAUGAGUGUGGUACUGGUGUGCUUGAGUGGAGGGCCCAAGGUGUCCGCUGAGGCCGUAAAGAGGGAACAGGAGCUGGAUAAGUACCUGGAGAGCCGAGUGGAGGAGAUCCUGAAGCAGAAUGGUGAGGAGGGCGUCCCUGACAUGGUGCAUGUGAUGCGCACAUUAGCAUCGGAGAACAUCCCCAACCUACCACCAGGCGGAGAGCUCGCCAGCAAACGAAGCGUUGUUGAAGCAGUAUACAACAAACUCAACCCCUUCAGAAACGAGGACACAGAGAGCCUGACUCCUCUGUCAUGGAGACAGGGAAAGGGAAAAUCAUCUUGAAAGAGUGGUGGCCAACUCAUUGCAUUCAAAGUCAACAAUAUUAAGGAUCCUGACAUCCUCUUCUUCCGUGGUUUCAGCUAAAAAUCUGAGAACAAUCCACAGCAGUGCAGUUUCAUCCCAUUUCCCCUUAAUGCCAUCUACUACAACUUUGCCCAAGCCAUCUUUGUUCCACGCCAUACUACCAAACUCUGACACUGUGCGACUAACCUCUAUCAGUGCCUCUCCCUAUACCUUGCAGAACUGGUCCACCAGGUUAUUCACCAACACGCUGAAAACCAUUUAUGCCACCACCCUGUAUAGGAUGAUGUUAUCUCAGGCUUAAAUAUGUCUUAUUUCUCAGUUUGACAUGUACUUGAAAUCUUCAGGCUACAUUAGAGUUAACCUUCCUUUCUCUGAGCAAUAGCCGAGUUGCCUGAAGGGAUCCAAAGACGUGCAAGGUGCUUAAACCACUUUUGGUGCUAAGGUUUGUCAUGUACACAAGGUUUAAUAAUGUAUUAAAUGUUAUUUAUGAAUGAAAAUGGAUGUGUUACAUGAUCUGUCUCAAGCUUUUGGAGACCUGGUCAGUGGAGAGCCAGUGGCCAGCCAAAGAGCCAAUUAAGCUCUAACAUCACCUGACCAAAUUAAAAUGAAUAUUGUAUCAAUAAACACUUCUCAACCAGUUUGGAAAGAUUGAA